AUGGCCUUAACAUCAUGGAAAGCAUUCAACUUCAUCGACGUCUCGCCGGUGAAGCUACCAGAGGACAGCGCAUCGGUCUUCAAUAGUGACCUCUCGAGUAUAUGCACCGGAUCUGGGAAUAUCUUUGUCGGUACCACGGAUGGCUUCGUCCACAUCGUCUCCUCGGCCUUCCGCGUCGUGCGAUCAUUCAAAGCUCACGAUACCGGCUCCAUCACGCAUAUGAGACAGAUUAACGAUACCGCGCUACUUGUCACUGUCUCGGAGGAUCUUUCUAAUGAACCAGUUCUGAAAGUGUGGGCGCUGGAUACGGAGAAGAAGGAUGGUGGGCCGCGAUGUCUAUCUACGGUCUCCGUGCAGAAUGCUAGGCGACAGUUUCCGAUAUCUGCCUUCACGGCUGUUGGGGAUCUCUCACAGGUGGCAGUCGGAUUUGCGAACGGGUCUGUGACGAUCAUCCGCGGUGACUUGAUUCACGAUCGGGGUGCGCGCCAACGCAUUGUCUUUGAGUCUGAGGAACCGAUUACCGGACUAGAAACACAGAGCGGGGCUGUUACUACACUGUAUAUCGCUACUACAAGCCGGAUCUUGACGUUGGUUAUCGCCGGGCGAGGACAGGGCCAGCCUGCACGUGUCUUGGAAGAUACAGGCUGCGGUCUCGGAUGUAUGACAUUGGACAAGGAGGCUGGAGAUAUCCUGAUUGCCCGAGAGGAUGCUGUCUACACUUACGGUCCCCGUGGACGUGGGGCGAGCUAUGCAUUUGAAAGUCCCAAGACGUCCAUUGAUGCCUUCCGUGACUAUGUCGCUCUGGUUUGCCCGCCUAAAGCUAGAACUAGCAAGUCGGAUCCGCUGCGCAAGUACACUGCUAGUCCGGGUGAAGAAAUCUUUGGCACUACGACGUUCACGCUCCUCGAUACAGAUCUCAAGUUUAUCGCGCAUAGUGAAGCGCUGGUGUCGCCUAUGAAGCGGAUUUUCAUGGAAUGGGGGAAUUUAUUCCUUCUUGCAACAGAUGGACAGAUAUUCCGCUAUCGGGAAAAGACUCUCCAGCAAAAGCUCGAGAUUCUUUAUGAACGCAACCUUUACAUUCUUGCAAUCAACCUUGCGCAAAAGAUUGGAACCGAUCCGUUGCAACAGAAUGCCAUCUACCGCAAGUACGGUGACUUUCUGUACCAGCGAGGCGAUUAUGAUACGGCCAUGCAGCAAUAUCUUCGAGCGAUUGAUAGCACAGAACCAUCUCAAGUCAUUCGCAGGUAUCUCGACACUCAACGUAUCCACAACCUAAUUGAGUAUCUGGAAGAGCUACAUGACCACGGCCGUGCCACAGUUGACCAUACCACACUUCUUUUGAACUGCUACGCAAAGCUCAAAGACACAAGCAAGCUAGACUCAUUCAUCAAGGCUCCUGGUGAGCUGAAGUUUGACCUUGAGACUGCAAUUGCCAUGUGCCGCCAAGGUGGAUACUACGAGCAAGCAGCAUAUCUAGCAACGAAACAUGGUGAGAAUGAUAUGGUUGUGGACAUCUUGAUUGAAGACUCCAAGAAAUAUGCCGAAGCGGUAGAAUAUAUCUGGCGAUUGGAGCCUGAGGUGGCUUAUCAUAACUUGAUGAAAUACGCCAGAGUUCUUCUCGCUCAUUGUCCCGAGAGGACAGCAGAGUUGUUCAAAGUUUACUAUUCUGGCCAGUACAAACCACGCACCGAGGUUGAAACAUCAUCAGAACCCCAAGCACAGACAACCAGCACUGUACAAAGUCUCGCUGCACUACUUCCUUUGCGUUACAUGACUGUUGGUGGUGGCACAAAGACCGAGGAGCAGUCAACCGAGAAUGCAGAACCAAAUGGGGAUCACACUGAGGAACCAGUUCCAGAGUACCAGGUUCCCAAGCCCCGAACAGCUUUCUCCGCAUUUGUGGACCACCCGAAGGAAUUCAUUGAUUUCCUUGAAACAUUAACACAAAAGCCCGAUCUGACGAACGAGGCCAAAGUGGACCUUUUCACCACGCUGUUCGAAAUGUACCUGGACACAGCAAAGGGAAAGAAAGAUGCCAGCGAUAAACAAGAGUGGGAGACAAAAGCAAAGAAGUUGAUUGAAGGAAAAGAUAUUCCGAUCUCAACAUCAAAUGUACUGCUUCUUUCUGACUUGUCGGACUUCCGAGAAGGGUCCACUCUUGUCCGCGAACAAGAAGGUCUACGCCUGGAUAUCUUCCGCUCCUUCACAUCAGCAAAGGAUACUCAAGGCGCCAUUAAAGCCUUGAGACGCUAUGGCCCGGACGAACCACAACUCUACGUUGACGCCUUGACAUACUUCGCCUCGAGCCCUCAAAUUCUCGAAGAAGCAGGAGACGAGCUGGACGCAGUGCUUCAGCGAAUCAGCCAAGAUGGCCUACUCUCGCCACUGCAGGUCAUUCAAGCAUUGAGCAAUAACGCAGUCGUAACCAUGGGCCGUGUGAAGAAAUACCUCAGCGAUAAUAUCGAGCGCGAGCGCAAAGAAAUCACCGCCAACCGACGCCUAAUCACAAGCUACAAAACGGAAACCGCCACCAAGCAACAAGAACUAGACCAUCUAGCCACCCAACCGGUAGUCUUCCAAUCCCGACGCUGCCAAUCCUGCGGUGGAACCCUAGACCUCCCAACCGUCCACUUCCUCUGCAGACAUUCCUUCCACGAACGCUGCCUCAACAACGUCGACGAAGACGCCCAGUGUCCCGUCUGUGCCCCGACGAAUGCUACUCUCCGUGCUAUCCGGCAACGGCAGGUCGAUUCUGCUGAUCAGCAUGAUCUUUUCAAGGGCGAGCUGUCCCGCUCAAGAGAUCGGUUUGGUGUUGUCAGCGAGUUCUUUGGAAGGGGUAUUAUGCGGCCGCAGAAUACUAUGGAGUAG